AUGGUCGAAUCCACACAAAACGACCACGCCGCCGUCUUUGGCGACCACGAGGUCACAGCUCCCUUCAGCUUCCCCACAGAAGAAGAGAAGGUCAUUCGAUAUUGGCGAGCCAUCGACGCAUUCAAGACUUCCCUCAAGCAGAGCGAGGGCAGGAAACCUUUCAGCUUCUACGACGGUCCUCCUUUCGCCACCGGUCUUCCACACUACGGCCACCUUCUCGCAGGUACCGUCAAGGACAUUGUCACCCGACAUGCCCACUCCACAGGUCACUACGUCGACCGCCGCUUCGGUUGGGACUGCCACGGUCUCCCCGUCGAGCACGAGAUCGACAAGAAGCUCGGCAUCAAGGGCAAGGAAGAUGUCAUGGCUAUGGGUGUCGACAAGUACAACGCAGAGUGCAGAGCCAUCGUCAUGACCUACCAGAACGAGUGGAGGGACACCGUAGAGCGCAUGGGGAGAUGGAUCGAUUUCGACAACGGCUACAAGACCAUGGACAUCAACUUCAUGGAGUCCGUCUGGUGGGUCUUCAAGACGCUUCACCAAAAGGGUCUCGUCUACCAGGGCAUCCGUGUCAUGCCCUACUCCACCGCCUGCACCACUCCUCUCUCCAACUUUGAGGCCGGUCUCGACUACCGUGAGGUGCAGGACCCUGCCGUCACCGUCAGCUUCCCUCUCGUCGACGACCCCAAGACGGCUUUUCUCGCAUGGACUACCACGCCGUGGACACUGCCCUCCAACUUGGGCCUCUGUGUUCACCCCGAUUUCAACUACAUCAAGAUCCACGACGACGAGCGUGAUAUGAACUUCAUCAUCCACGAGAACCUCCUCACCACCCUCUACAAGGAUCCCAAGAAGGCCAAGUUCCAAAAGCUCGAAACCUUCAAGGGCAAGGAUCUCGUCGGCAAGGAAUACGAGCCUAUCUUCCCCUACUUCACAGAACGCUUCAAGGGCCGUGCCUUCCGCGUCCUUUCCGACACCUACGUCACCUCGGAUGCCGGUACUGGUAUCGUCCACCAGGCGCCCGCAUUCGGUGACGACGAUCACCGCGUCGCUAUCGCCCACGGCGUCAUCACUCGCGACGAGACCCCACCCAACCCGGUCGACGGCUCCGGUCGAUACACCAGCGAGGUGCCCGAUUACCAGGGUGUGCACGUAAAGGAGGCCGACAAGGCUAUUCAGAAGGAUCUCAAGGCGCGUGGACGUCUCAUUGUGCAGGCAACCUUGAGCCAUACAUAUCCCUUCUGCUGGCGAUCAGGCACACCACUCAUCUACAAGGCCAUCCCUUCGUGGUUCGUGCGCGUCGAGCCUGCCAUUGACCGACUCGUCAAGAACAACGACGCGACUCGCUGGGUGCCAGCCCACGUCGGUGAGGGUCGAUUCGGUAGCUGGAUCGCCAACGCACGCGACUGGAACAUUUCAAGAAACCGAUACUGGGGUACGCCCAUCCCAUUGUGGGUCAGCGACGAUAUGGAGGAGAUUGUCUGCGUUGGUUCCGUCGAAGAGCUUGAGAAGCUGUCAGGCGUCCAAGGCAUCAACGACCUUCACAAGGACAAGAUCGACCACAUCACCAUCCCUUCGCAGAAAGGCAAGGGUCAGCUCAAGCGUGUCGAGGAGGUCUUCGACUGUUGGUUCGAGUCGGGAUCCAUGCCUUACGCUCAGGCUCACUAUCCCUUCGAGAACAAGGAGAAGUUCGAAAAGUCGUUCCCCGCCGACUUCAUCUCGGAGGGUCUCGACCAGACCCGAGGUUGGUUCUACACGCUCCUCAUCUUGGCGACCCACCUCUUUGACUCUGCGCCGUGGAAGAACCUCAUUGUCAGCGGUCUCGUGCUCGCUGCCGACGGCAAGAAGAUGAGCAAGUCGCUCCGAAACUACCCGGAUCCCAACCUGCUCAUCAACCAAUACGGCGCGGACGCUAUCCGACUCUACCUCAUCAACUCGCCCGUCGUGCGUGCCGAGAACCUGCGCUUCAAGGAGGAGGGUGUCAAGGAAGUUGUCUCGUCGACGUUCCUGCCAUGGCUCAACUCGUUCCGCUUCUUCCUCGGCUCGGUCAGCUUGCUCGAGAAGGACCACGGCAUCAAGUUUGUCUACGACAACAAGUCGCAAAGAUCGACCAACGUCAUGGACCGAUGGGUGCUCGCGCGUUGCCAGUCGCUCAUCAAGCUCAUCAGCGAAGAGAUGGCCGCCUACCGACUGUACACGGUUGUGCCGCGAUUGGGCGAGCUCAUCGACGAGCUCACCAACUGGUACAUUCGCUUCAACCGUCGUCGCUUGAAGGGUGAGAACGGCGUCGAGGACACCCAAGCUGCUCUCAACUCGCUCUUCGAGACGCUGUUCACCCUCAGCCGCACGCUCUCGUCCUUCACGCCCUUCUUGACCGAGAACCUGUACCAGGGUCUGCGCAAGUUCUUGCCAGCACCGGCGGCGGACGACAAGGAGGACUACCGCAGUGUCCACUUCCUGUCCUUCCCCGAGGUCAACGAGUCGUACUUUGACCCUGUCAUCCAGCGUCAAUUCAAGGCGCUGCAGUCGGUGGUGGAGCUGGGUCGUGUCAUCCGUGUCAACUCGAACCUGCCCAUCCGUGUACCGCUCAAGGAGCUCGUCGUCUUCCACACCGACGCCGAGUACCUCAAGGACGUCGAGUCGCUCUCGGACUAUAUCAAGGAGGAGCUCAACGUGCGCGACCUUGUCCUCUCCUCCGAUGAAGCCAAGUGCGGUGUGCGCUUCAAGCUGUUCGCCGACUGGCCGGUUCUCGGCCGCAAGCUGCGCAAGGACGUCGGCAAGGUGCGCAAGGGUCUCGAGACGGUCACCUCGAACGACGCCAAGUCGUACAUGGACACGGGCAAGCUCAACGUCGCCGGCGUCGACCUGGUGGAGGGCGACCUGCGCGUCAUCCGCUACGUCGAGACCAAGGAGGUCGAGGGCAGCUUCGAGAGCAACACGGACGGCAACGUUGUGGUGCUUCUCGAUGUGCAGCAACGACCCGAGCUGGUGUCGGAAGGCACGGCGCGUGAGGUGGUCAACCGCAUCCAGCGUCUGCGCAAGAAGGCCGGGUUGGUGGCCACCGACGAGGUGGACGCCUUCUACUCGUUUGAGCAGGGCAUGGGCGAGGCGCUCGCGGAAUGCUUCGAGAGCCAGAAGGAGACCUUCAUGAAGGCGCUCAGGAGGAAACCUUUGCCUGAAGCCGAGAAGAAGGAUGGCGCUAAGGUGAUCCUGCAGGAGGAGCAGGAGGUGGGCGAGGACAAGUUCUUGUUGACGCUUGCCUGGGCUUGA